CUGCGUAUUGUUGCUGCGCAUGUUGUCCACGUGCCACGUGUCGCAAGGAUAACGAAUGACGCGUGGCAUGACGUGUCGCGCAAUAGACCAUGACACGUGCGAUGCCGUGUCUGAAUAGACCAAAUGAGCGGGAAAAAAUGGCGGGAGAAGUGGAUGUUGAAGAUAUUGCGCAUACACCGAACAGGAUAAGGGACGAUGACAAGCAAGUAGUCGAUAUCGUGACCCCAACACAAGGCUCGCCAGGGCAGUCAAAGUCAAAGGGUAUAAAUUUAGAUGAUGACAAGCAAGUAGUGAUCUUGACACCGACGACAUGCUCGCCAGGCCCGUCAAAGUCAAAGGACUCCCCACCGGUCAUCCGGUUGACCGACACUCCGAAGAGGAAACGUGAGGACGACGUCGCAGGCGGGUCAGCUGAUGACGCUAUUAACUUGACAGAUGACGGCGACCCUGAGACCGGUGGCAAAUGCAGUGGCACAAGAUGGAGGGGUAGAAAAGACCAGCGCCAUGACCUCAUCCUCAUCAGUCCUGAUUCGACGGAUGGGCGGGCGAGCCCAGAUACGGGAGGAGAAGCCGACUGGAGAGGGCGAAGAUUGUUUCUGACCGGGCUGCAGUCGCCGGAGGAGAAUGCGACGACCGCAGGACAAGGACAAGAGACGGGCGGACCGAAAGAAUGUAGUCUCGAUCCUGAUAACAAUACAGAAGAACCCUGUGCAGUAUUCGAAGACAGGCAGCCGUCGGAGCCUGUGAUUCAUCAUCGAGAGGAUUCAACGGCUACAGCGUACGAGCAGGGAAGGGGUCUAUUUCUGACAAGUCUGCAGGCAGAGCAUGUGCAUCAGAUUGCAGAAGGGGAAGAAACAGGGGGUGGAGGUGUUGAAGAACGCAGGCCAGAUUCCUGUGCAGAUCCCAGUGCAGAACGACCGUGCGGGGCUCUCGGACACAGAGCCCGGAGUGAGACUGGUCUGUGUCUGACAAGUCUGCAGGGAGAGCAUGUGCAUCAGAUUGCAGCAGGGCAAGAAAGAGGAGGAGGUGGUGCAGAAGGCGGGCCAAACUCCUUUGCAGAUCCCAGUGCCGAACGACUUUGUCCGGCUCUCGAAGACAGAGAGCCAACCGAGGCUACCAUUGCUCGCAAAGACAGCGUGCUGCCAGCUGCGGAAAACGGGACUUUGUGGACCUCGGCAGGAGAAACCAGUCCUUGCUCGACUUUACCGGAGAAUCGGCGGGUCGCUGACGAAGAGACGGUGAAGAUGUCAUCUCAUCUCCGCAGCAAACGCCGAAAGUGGGGCAAUCAUUCACAAAUGCAAGGGCCGCGCGUGGAAGUGACCUUCAGAAAUCUUUCCAGGAGAAGCAAGUGGAAGCUAGAGGAAGUGCUCCGAGAGUGGUCCGUGUGGCAGACAGCCAAUGAGGGUGCUGAGUCCGCCACAGCUGCAGAUCCAGUGGAGUCGGGAUCACGGGUCUACUUCCCAGCGAUGCAGACGGAGCAGGCAAAUGGGCAGAUGGGGCUGCACUUCUUCUGGGAGGAUAAACCAGGUGUCAGCAGUGAGGCGGAAGACGGGGGGGAAGUGGAGGAAGGGGAGGUCGAAGGAGCGCAAAGUGGAGUUUGUGGUCCCGAGUCUGCGUGGAUUGCUGAAGACCGGUUCAACAUGCAUUACGAGGCUCAUUACAGUAUACCCACGUAUGAGCGCGGGACGAACCACGUGAUCCGUGUGGGAAGAGGUGAUGGCGUUGGCACCGGAGCCGACCACGGAAUUGCCGGCAAGGGACGGGAACCCGGACUGACGUACAUUGAGGUCCCGCAAGAAGCCCCUAGGUGUUUCAAUUGCGGAUCGUACAAUCACAAUCUUAAAGAGUGUCCCAAACCGCGCGACAACGCAGUUAUUAAUGCGACAAGACAGAAGAAAAUGGGCUCUCGGGCAAACCCCCGACUUCCUUCCAGAUACCAUGGCUCGUCGUCCAAUACGUUUGCAGACCUGAAGCCUGGAGCUCUCAGUGAGAGGGUGCGGCAAGCGCUUGGGAUGAAGGAAUUAGACCCCCCUCCAUGGCUCAACCGCAUGAGGGAGCUUGGGUACCCCCCUGGGUAUUUAGAUUCUGGAAAUGACGCUGCUGAUCUCACGAUCUUUGAUGAGGAAGAUGGAGAAGAUAGAGUAGACAGGCAGGGCGAUUCAGGCGGAGCAACGGAGGGAUCCCUUCGGUGGAGAGAUUGGGCAGGUGAAAAGGAGGGUGAGAGAACUUCGCUCCCUAACAUAGCAAAGGAACCGUCAGGAGGUACCCGCGAAGAACCUAUUCAGACGGUGUUGUUUCCGGGCAUCAAUGCUCCAAUACCUCCGGGAGCAGACGAGAGUAAGUGGGUGCCUUGGUAUCGCCCUCAGCCGCAUCUGCCAGAGAGAUCGGAUCGACGGCAGUGGUCACCAAUCCGUUCUGCGGCACUACAUUCUAGUAGGAGUCAAUCGUAUGGUGAUGUGUCAAGCCCGCAAGGAACUGCACAAGGUUGUGGUGCAAGAGGAGGAGGAGGAGGAGGAGGAGGAGGAGGAGGAGGAAUAGGAGGAGGGGUUCAGGAACCGUACAGGUAUUAUACGGAGGACAUUGCGCUGCGGAGCUUGUCUAGUCCGACUCAACUUCACCGCUCACUUUCCGAUUCACAGGUACGGUACCCUGGCAAUGGAAACGGAUGCCCUCAAAUGCGAUCGGUGAGUGACAUUUCGUCUCCACGACACUCAGCACUUCUGCAGAGCCCCUUCUCGUCGUGGAGAGGGGAACAUCAAUCGCAUGGCUAUGCUCAUCCGCCAAGCAGCCCGUCUCAGCGAUUUCCAUCUAGUCAGACUCAACAGAUGAGUGCCCAUACUGACCAUUCGAGUAAUAGCCUGCCGGUGCAUCAGCAAAACCCAACUAACGUUGGCGUGUACCAGAAUUUGCAUCCACAGCAGCAGUCCCAUGCUGAUCUGUUCCAUGACCAGUCCCAGGAACAAUCCUGCGAUCAGUCCCGCGACCAGUUUCCCACUCAAGGAGCUCAGAAGAAUGGAGGCUUCUACAUGCCAGCACAUGUGCGGAGGGUGUACCAGAGUAUGGGACCGCCGCUUAGUCGGUCCCUGAAGCUGCCGCCUCCGGUGCAGAAUUCUUCCGUGGCAGUGCCUGUCGGGUCGCCACGUGGCAUGACACGAGCAUCCAGAGCUGGGAGGGAUGGCGGCUCGGAUUCGGACAUGGAUGUUGGCGAUUGAUAAACCGUCUCCAGUGCAGAAUUCUGCCACGGCGGCGCCUGUCAAAUCUUCACGGGGCAAGACACAAGCAUGGGAGCUGGCAGGGGUGGCGAUUGAGAUCCGCCUCCGGUGCAGAAUUCCGCGAUUACGAUUCCUGUCGACUCUCCAAGCGGCAUGACACGACCAUCGGAAGCUUUCAGAGAUGGUGAUUGAGAGCCACCUCCAGUGCAGACGGUGACGCCUGUCGGAUCUCCACGCGGCAUGACACGAGCAUCGCGAGCUGUCAGGGGUGGCAAUUGACAGCCGCCUCCAGUGCACGAUUCUGCGACGGGGGCGCCUGUCGAAUCUUCAUGCUGCAUGACACAAGCAGAGGGAGCUGGCAGGGAUGGUGGCUCGCAUGCGGACAUGGAUAUUGGCGAGUUAGAGAACUGGUGGGGUACCGAGCGCAAUGUUUUGUUAUAUGAGGUGAGGGGUUUACUGUGGGGUAGGUACCUGUGUUUACCCCUCCUGCCGACUGCACAUUUUUAUGAAUUUUUCUCUUUUUUUUCCACUUCGUUUUUCGCUUCUUUUCUUUCUUUGAAAGGGCGAUGGGUUUCAUGUAUCGUCUUUGAUCUGACUGGGCCCAGGUAAAUUCAGAGGUAAAUUUUUUACCCAUCUGAUUCCAUUCAUUGGAAUUCGAACUCCCGUCUGUCUUUCAGCAGUUGUCAAUCGCAAAUCGUCCAGUCAGAUGGUCCAGUCCGAUGAUCCAAUGGUCCAAUCGACAGCAGGUUGGUUUUUCACCUGCUGUUGUCAAUUGCAAAUGGUCCAGUCAGAUGGUCCAAUGGUCCAGUCGACAGCAGGUUGGUCCAAUCGACAGCAGGUUGGUUGUUCACAUGCUGUUGUCAAUUGCAAAUGGUCCAGUCUAAUGGUCCAAUGGUCCAAUCGAGAACAGCACGUUGGUCCAAUCGACAGCAGGUUGGUCCGAUCGACAGCAGGUUGGUGUGCCAACUGAGCUAGGUGAAUGGUCCAGUCAAUUGCAAAUGGUCCAAUGGUCCGAUCGACAGCAGGUUGGUUGUUCAUCUGUUCUCUCUCUCAGGGGCGUUGUUUCACUAUACAAUGGUGUAAAUGUAUCUGGGACUUACUGAAACAUGCAACUUGUUCGGUCAGUCCAAAUGUAUCUAGACAGGCCGCUGUUCUAGAUUCGUUUAUGGAGCAAAUGGUGCAGUCGGAUGGUCCAAUGGUCCGAUCGACAGCAGGUUGGUUGUUCAUGCGUUCUCUCUCUCAGGGGCGUUGUUUCACUAUACAAUGGUGUAAAUGUAUCUGGGACUUAUCUGAUACAUACUUGUUGUUCGGUUAGUCCAAAUGUGUAUCUAGACAGGUCUCUGUUCUAGAUUCGUUUACGGAGCUGUGUAGUGGAGCGAGGCCGUUAGUCAUGCCAUCGU